AUGCUCAGAGGCGCAUUUUCGUACCGUUCGUUAUGUGAGAGAAGUAUCGAGGAAUCGAGAUCGACGCACAGUACACCUUUUACCUCGAGACUUUGUGGUAGUAUCAUACCCGAGUUGAACUUACUUCAGUGGUUCAUGGCGCUGUCAGUCAAAAAGAAGAAGAAAGUCGCAGGAGCUGCAAACGAAUUUGCCGCCGAUUUUUUAUUCGAAUGUAGCGCCGAAGACAAGAUUGAUCGCGAUGAUGCAGCUCUGAAGAAAUAUUUACGGAAAGAAGCACAAUCCACGCUUGAUGAAAAGAUUGCCGCUAUACGUAAAGCAAAGAAUACAGCCAAAGAUGUAGAAAUUGAGGAGAUUAACGACGAUGAGAAUGUGGAACAGCUGGGAGCAUUAGAUGCCAAAGGUUAGUA